AUGUCUGCGAUUGGGAAAACGGGGCUGAGAAUUUACCUUCCGGCUCGAUGUCGAGUCGCUCGAGUAUCCUUAUCGUCAAAAGCUCCGUGUUAUUCCACCUCUCGUGUGGGUUCUAAAGCCCCGGUUUCUUUGGGAGACGCAAAAGGCGACCGGCCCGUCCCCAAAAAUGAUGUUCGUCCUUUAGAAAACAAGGAUGGCCAAUCUUUGAAAGGAGAAGAGCCCAUUUACCCCAUUUAUACCGACGUCAAUCCCCUUUUCGACACGUAUGUCAAAGCCCAACACCCUCGCUCCUUGCGCCCUGACUCCAGAGGGCGUAUACAGCCGUUCAAAGUAUCAACCACGAUCUUCAAUGAUCCUCCGCUCUUUAUGAUUGAUCCUCUCCAACGGCCCAAGCAGAAAUACCCUACAACCCGGUAUAUCAAGUCAAAAUCCAAAACUGGUGCUACAGGAGAAGUUGGCGAAACGUCCAUGGCCCAAAUGGACCUUGAGGACUCAUUGCGAGAAGGUGGCGCAGCGGCCGUUUGGGGAGCGGAUGUUCGUCCGGCUUUUGACACGACAAUGGAAGAAAAUCGUGAAACUCCUUUGGAUGUGGCUCUCGACCAGCAGGCUUGGAACACAGGCGAACUUUACGACCAGUCAGGUCGAUGGGAUCGUCGCAAGACACCGCAUGGAGAAACAUCGUCGCUUCCUUCGCCCUCUGAAGCUCAAACUCUACCACCAAGCGUUGUUUCAACUCUAAUGCGCUUCCCAUUGAUUUCCAAAAGAGUUGUCCAGCAAGGAGGAAAGGGUCGUAUGCCUUCGUGGUAUGUACUGACCGUCGCCGGAAAUGGAGACGGGUUGGUAGGAAUUGGGGAAGGCAAGGAUGCCGAAAACGCUCGUGCAAUCGAGAAGAGUUUUAUCGCUGCUUGCAAAGAUCUUGAUUGGGUGGAUAGAUACGAGAAUAGGACCCUUUGGAACGAUAUCAACACCAAAUGGGGCGCAACAAGGGUGACCUUGCGACCGCGUCCGAUUGGAUUUGGGCUGCGAUGCAACCCAUACAUACAUCAGCUCUGCAAGGCGGCAGGGAUCAAGGAUAUCUCUGCCAAGGUCUGGGGAUCACGCAAUGGGAUGAACAUCAUCAAAGCAUGUCUGCGUGUUCUGCGGGGAGGUCACGCGCCACCGAUGAUGGGCGACGGUGUUGGCAGAAAGGGGUCCCGAAUGGACAAGGGCUAUGGUAUGCGUGGACGAGGGAGCAUAGAGCGCGAACGCGGAAGGUGGCUAGCGGACAACCGCCUGUGGUAG